CCUUCCACCUUAACAAGCUCUUUUAUGCAACCUUGCAGAGUAUCUACUCGAAGAAUUCCUCGCAACAUUAAGCAGUUUUCUUUCAAACCCACUACCCAAUCCAGAAAAAUGGCUUUCUUCCCCCGCAACUUCUACGCCAACGAGGCCGCCUCUUUCACCCCCCUCUUCCGACUCCUUGACGACUUUGACAGCUAUGCCCGUCAGUCCAACAAGCAGUCCACCACCUCUGGCCGCAAGUCUUGCGUCCCUGCAUGGCAGCCCAAGUUUGAUGUCCGCGAGACUGCUGAAGCCUACGAGCUCCACGGUGAGCUCGCUGGCGUUGCCAAGGAAAACGUUCAGAUCGAGUUCAGCGACCCCCAGACCUUGAUCGUCCGCGGCAAGGUUGAGCGCUCUUACUCUACCGGCACCACCCCUGCCGCUGAACAUAUCGAGCCCGCUACCGAGUCACAGCCUGCUGCUGUCGCUGAGGCUGACGACAGAGCCUCUCACCAGGCUUCUGUUGCUGACGAAGACGAAGCAGAGGCACAGGAGAACGGCUGGCAAGAAGUCGCCUCCAACAAGGACGCCUCUGAGGAGGUUGUCGCCGCUCCCCAAGAAACACAGAAGCCUGCCGACACUGCCAAGUACUGGCUCACUGAGCGCAGCAUUGGCGAGUUUGCCCGCAGCUUCAACUUCCCUACCCGUGUGGAACAGGAUACUGUCAGUGCCAGCUUCGACAACGGCAUCCUGACUGUUGUGGUCCCCAAGGCUAAGAAGCACGAGGCCCGCCGCAUUGCCAUCAACUAACAAGAUGAUUUAUGAUUUACAUCAUCAUCGUCUUUGACAGAAAUGUUAACACCAUCAUUGCAUUUGGAUUGGCGCUGGCACUUGUGGACUUUUAGUUCUUCUUCUUCUUUCUCUUGGUUUCCCAUGUACUCUUAGCUUUCACGAUAGACUAAAUAAUAACUCUUUUGCUUUGCAACAAUUUGAUCCCUGAAUACCAUGUGACAUGUAAUCAACUUCAGCUGAAUAAACUAAAACUUGCGUCGCCUCGAGAGAACCACUCAGCACGUUGACAGAGAAAGGCAAAGCAGAACCAGUCUCUAUUUGAUAAUAUUCUGCUAUGUUAAUAAUUUGUAUAGAUUUUUUUUGGCGGGAUGUCACCCUAAGUAUUACAUUUACAUAAAAGAAUUCAGAACUCUAUCUUAUGCAUGACAUACUGUUAUUUUCAACGCCUCUAUACUGUUACGGCGUUGAGCAAUUGCGCAAUUCGUUCUCAGAUGGAAACUUGAAAAUAUAAUUAAAUUAAACGACCUUGUUGCCAUAUUCAACCAUCCAAAAUACUGAGAUGCACUAUUAUUUUUGAUUUGAAAUCAACAUGCUGGUGACCCUUCUUGUAAUGCGUCACAUGACUUGGCGUCUGCACCGUUGUGCCUGGUGCUGGGGACCGACGCGUUCCACC